CCUUUUCCAAUUCUCAUAGCUUAAGAGAGGAGGCAAGUGUUGGCGGAUCAUCCAAACCUAUACAUGUACUAAAAUGUGCCGAUUAUUUGAAUUGGAAUAAGUGUACGAUUCGUGCGAAUUUUUAUACACAGAAACGUACACAAUUGCCUGAUAGGUCUGGAUUUUCUGUGGCACUUAAGCUGCUGAGCAUGAACUUUCUCUCGCAGAAAAACAAACUACAACUAAAACAUUCCUGAGUUUCGAUCAGCUUUUAAUAUUUAACAAUAGAGUCAAACCUAAUGACUUUCCAUUUGUUCAUGGGUGGUAGGAGGUCCAACUUAAACCGCACACACUGAAUGGCUACACAUCCAAUGAUCUGAGGUUCGAUUCCUCAUAGGGACUCAGAAUUUGUUUUCCUUGUUCCACACUCGUGACAAGACGAAAAAAAAUCUUUCUCUACAUACUGAUAUGUUUUGAGAUAUUAAUUAUUUAGGCAACAGACCACACUUUCUAUCGCCUUACCGACGAAAUAACCCGCUUGGGUCAUUAUUGGGUCACGAAUCCAGUGUGCUGGACAGAGACCUCAAAACACUUUGAUCGGUGGUGAGCCAGUAUUCACUCGGCAGAGGAAGAAAAUUAGAUUAACAGACGAACCUGGAGAAACUCAAGAGCCGUCGUCUUCGACGGACUCAAGCUGAAUAGAUGAUCUCACUGGACAUUAUCGGUAACGACAGACACCUGCCUGGACUGGACUGAACUGAACUGAAUCCGCUUGGGAUGUUGGGAGAACAUGUGGGUUUUCCUCUCGAUAAACCGACAGGAAGUGUGGUCUGUUGCUUUAAUAAAACAAACUUAAGGAAAACAUUAUAUGUUUAAAUAUUCUAUGGGUUUACCGAUGCAAUAAACGGUAGGUUUCAUACCAAUCACUGGGUGCUCGUGGUCUCAGUUAUUUUGUAGAAUCUUGCAAUAAGGUACUAGUUAUCAACAGUGUGGUUUUAUAUCCCUUGGCUUGAAAGAUUAUUUCUUGUUUCAGCACUACUUUAAUGAAAUUUUCUGGAAAAUAUACACCGAAUAAGUAAGGCAUACUUUCAUGACCGAAAUAAUGAACAUUAGGGUCUGGUGAAUCAUGCAGAGGGAAUCUCAAUAAGAGAAGAAUUGACGCUCCUUCGUUUUUGUGAGAGUCCCUUAUUUCCAAAUAAAAGAAGGCAUUGUCACCUUGAACUCGAAAUCUAAACAAGGCAUCUUGUAAUGAUAUUCUCCGUGCUACACAUUUUCCUUUGCAACGUGUCAUCCACUUACUCGUGAUCAAAAGAAACAGUGGAAUGUUCAGAAAGCGGCGCCCCUUCCCUUCCCCCGUAUGGGGCGAGACCGUAGCGUUCAGUAGUAGGGCCUAUCUUGAGUCAAAUCCUGACUUAAUUCUACGAUCACCUCUUGGCUGCCAAUAAACGAAAAGAAGCUGCUCAUGGGAGUUGCAAUUCAUCUGGUCUGGAGGAAGUAUCUUAGACGAUCGUAGAUUUAAGUGUAAGAUCGCAAAGCUGCUCUUUUGAAUUUUGAGAGUUUUACGAUAGUAAUGCAAAGGAUUGACGACUGUACUCAUCAAAAAAUCAUGAGGAGCAGAUGAACGUCAAGUUUAUGUCCUGCUACUACAACAUAUGUGGUGGUGAUCUGAAGUAGGAAUUCUUUUCCAGAGCGACUCUGACGGAUAGUUCAGGAAACGUGGGGAUAAUUGAUGGCUCACUACAUGACAACAAAGGAAAGUUAUCCGGGAGAAACUGGUAAAUAGUACUUGCUCGGCGGCCAUCUUUGCCAGUGGCAUGGGAAACUUGUUUAUGAUUCUCCUCAAAUUUUGAUUGUUAUAGUUAGGAAUCGUGCUUAUAAAACGGGACACAGUUAGUUUGAGACUCCCUAACUUGUCAAGUAUAAAAAUUAGAAAAAUUUGCCGGUAAUAUGUGGAGAAACGUCGCUAAACUUUGCCGCCAGCCAAGUUUCCGUUAUGGUUUUUUCAGGCAGUAUAGCUCUAAAUCUCAGUUAGAGGUUGUGAUCCUGGAGAAGUUGAAGCUGCAGAGAUACAAGUGCUUUGAAAAAUCAAAAACACCACUUUUAGGCCUUGAACCGUUGAAGCCGAAUCACCACGACUUGGAUGCGAUCGACGUUCGUUUUAAACAACCGAACGUGUUGUACUUGAGAACUGAACUGCUACUUCAACGUCUUGAAUACUUAAAACCAUCAGGCUUGCUACCAAGACAGAAAAGAAAACUCAUUGAACGGUCUCCACCAGUUCUUGUUUUCACUGAAGACCACCAAAAUGAUAAGGUGAAUUAUCUUCGAGGAAUUAUUCGCACUCAAAAGGAAGGAGAAAUAGAGAAUGUCCACUUGUUGCAUCCUUGUUGGAGGAUGAUUUUAAUGCCAAAACGAGAACUCGAUAAUCGCUUGAAAUUUAUUACAGAAGAGCUUCGAAUGGCUAAAGAAUCGGCGUUGAAAAUGCUUUUGCAUUUACCUUGUUUUUUGCUUCAUGACACUAAAUCCUCUUCAGAGGCGUUUGUUGUCAUGCAUAAGUAUAAUCUUCCAAAGGGUUACAGCUUGGAUCAUCACACUGCUAAUAUCUACCCUCCCAUUUGUUCUACCGGCCUUGAUAUCAAUCCAAGGCUAUUCACCAGACAAUCUGAUGAAGAAAUAGCCAAAAAGUUUCCAAAAUUGUCUCUUGGAGAAUUGCUGGAUUAUUCCUAUCCAACUCAUCAUGGAAAAGGAAAAACAGAGGAUCUGACUAAGUUUCUUACUGAAGCUGAAUACAGAGAACAAAGACCAAAAUACAACAGGAUUAUUUAAAUAACUGAUUGUAACUUGUUAUGUUCAUUUAAGUCUGUUAAUUAACUCCUUAUCAGCCGUACACUUUGUUGAUUUAAAAUUAUGAACACUUAUCUAUUUACAAUGACAUCAAACUCCAGCUUUCAGAUGAGUUGUAUUUUGGAUAAUUAGUAACAAAGAUUUGGAAACACUCUUUAAAUUAAUGAUAGUGAUAUUCAGUAGAGGUAUUUCAAUGGAUUGUCAAAUCCACAGAAGUAAAGAGGAAACACUGUUGCCCACCACUGUUAAUGUCUCACUCAAUCUGUAGUGUAAUGGCUUGUGUAGCAUCAAAUCAUGACACAAAAUAAUGAUAAACAAUUGUGCAAGUUUGAAAGAAAGUAUUUCUGACCCAUUCAUGCACCUUUAGUUAUCUUUCUUAAUAAAAUGAACCACUUGUUCCAUUUGAA